CUGCAGCCGGCGCUCGGCUCGCGGCAGCACGCCCCGCUCCCGCUCCUCCUCCGCCCUGCCGCCGCCGCCGCAGCCCGCGCGCCCAUCCAUGGCACAGCCCCCUGCCGCCGCCGCCGCCGCCGCUGCCCAGCCCGCCCCGCGCGGCAUGGACUAGCGGCCGGCUCCGGGCUCCGCGCCGCCGGGACGAGGCGGAGGAGAGCGGGGACCCCCUGCCCAGCCCAGCCCAGCCCGCCCGCGCCGGCUCCUGCAUGGACGCGGCGGCGGGGACAGGGAAGCGGCGGCAGCAGCGAGCGGCGGCCGCCGGGGACCAGGAGCGGCGGCGGCGGCGGCGGCGGCUGCCCCUCGCCCCCCGGCCCGAGAUGCUGGUGCUGCUGCUGCCCGGGAGCCCGGCCUGCGGCCCGGCGCGCAGGAGGAGGCAGGAGCUGGUGCUGGGGCAGCUCUGCCUGCUGGGCUCGCUCCUGCUGCUGCUCUCCUCGCUCUCCUGCUGGGCUGGCAGCGCCGGUUCUGAUGUCCUGAGUUAUACCAUGGAAACUAAUGACAAGUGGCACGGGAGAAAACUACUUCAAGAAGUUGAGGAGAAUGCCACUGAAAUUCCAGAGGAUGAUGAGCAUCAGUACAUCAAGAACUGCACUGAGCCAGCUCUUCACGAAUUCCCCAGUGACAUCUUUACAAAUGAGGACCGAAAGCAUGGAGCAGUAGUCCUGCAUGUCCUUUGUGCUGUCUAUAUGUUCUAUGCCCUGGCAAUUGUGUGCGAUGAUUUCUUUGUCCCAUCGUUGGAAAAGAUUUGUGAGCGCUUGCAUCUCAGUGAAGAUGUGGCUGGUGCAACUUUCAUGGCAGCGGGAAGCUCUGCUCCAGAGCUGUUUACAUCUGUCAUAGGUGUUUUUAUUGCCAAAGGAGACGUAGGAGUCGGAACCAUUGUUGGCUCUGCUGUAUUCAACAUCCUUUGUAUUAUCGGUGUGUGUGGGCUUUUUGCAGGACAGGUCGUUGCACUGUCAUCAUGGAGUCUCCUGAGAGAUGCAAGCUACUAUACACUGUCUGUUAUUGCACUCAUUGUGUUUAUAUAUGAUGAAAAAGUUUCCUGGUGGGAGUCCUUAGUCCUAGUACUGAUGUACUUCGUCUACAUCAUCAUCAUGAAGUUCAAUUCCUGCAUACAUCACUGUUUUGAAAGGAAGACAAAAAAUGCCACGAAUAUGGUGAAUGGACUAGCAAACAAUACAGAAAUGGAUGAUAACAGCAAUUGUGAUGCUACAGUGGUAUUACUAAAGAAAGGUAACUGUUCCAGGAAUUUCCAUCGUAAAGCCUCAGUGAUUAUGGUGGAUGAACUGCUCUCUGCCUAUCCACACCAGCUCUCCUUCUCUGAGGCUGGACUCCGGAUAAUGAUAACCAGCCACUUUCCUCCCAAAACCCGCCUCUCCAUGGCCAGCCGCAUGUUGAUCAACGAGAGGCAAAGGCUGAUAAACAGCAGGGCCUACACCAAUGGGGAAUCAGAAGUGGCUAUCAAAAUUCCUAUCAAGCACGUCAUUGAGAAUGGCACAGGUCCCAGCAACUCUGCUGAGCGGGGAGUGAAUGGGACCCGAAGAGAUGAGGAUGUAGCUGAGGCUGGGAACGAGACAGAGAAUGAGAAUGAGGACAAUGAGAACAAUGAGAACGAUGAGGAGGAAGAGGAAGAGGAUGAUGAUGAUGACAAUGAUGGACCUUACACUCCUUUUGACCCACCGUCUGGCAAAGUUGAAAUCCUGAAGUGGCUGUUCACCUGGCCACUCUGUUUUCUGCUGUAUUUCACCGUGCCCAACUGCAACAAACCCCACCUGGAGAAAUGGUUCAUGAUUACCUUUGCUUCCUCCACCCUCUGGAUCGCAGCCUUUUCCUAUGUGAUGGUGUGGAUGGUGACAAUAAUUGGCUACACACUGGGUAUUCCAGAUGUGAUCAUGGGCAUCACGUUCCUGGCAGCUGGAACCAGCGUGCCAGACUGUAUGGCAAGCCUUAUAGUAGCCAGACAAGGGAUGGGUGAUAUGGCAGUGUCGAACUCCAUUGGAAGCAAUGUUUUUGACAUUUUAAUUGGCCUGGGCCUCCCCUGGGCUCUGCAAACCCUGGCGCUGAAUUAUGGUUCAUAUAUCCGGUUAAACAGCAGAGGACUUAUUUAUUCUGUUGGCUUGCUGCUGGCUUCUGUUUUUGUCACAGUGUUUGGUGUCCACAUGAACAAAUGGAAGUUGGAUAAGAAGCUGGGGUGUGUGUGCCUUUUCCUAUAUGGCAUCUUCCUCUGUUUCUCCAUCAUGACAGAAUUCAACGUUUUCACGUUUGUGAACUUGCCAAUGUGCAGAGAUCACUGAUCCAGGUGGCAGACUUUCGAGGGGGGACUUCCUUCUUACCUGUGCAAUAUAAAACACGGCUGGCAUCUCCAGAACGUGGUGCGCCUCACGGUCGUGAAGUAGAUCCUACUCACUGUUCAUAGGACUCUUCUCCCCGCCUCAGUUUUCCCAUUCCCCAGCCCCACAACCUGGAAAAAUCCUGCAUCGAUGUGAAGAUUUUUUUUUUCAGCAUUCAUGUGAUUUCCAAGCUCAGUUUUUGAACAGUGACUGGGAUUCUAAAAGAACUGGCUGCUAACUGGCAUUGAGCCAGGCAAAACUGGUCUGCUACAAUUCCUUCUUUUUUAAGUUAUUUGAUGGAAGACUAAUCUAAUUUAUGACUUAAGACUAUUGCUAGAAUACAGAAGAAGAAGGUACGUUGUAUACGGGGUGUUUUUCAAGGAGAAUCGUGGGAAUUUGGGGGUAUUUUUUUUUCAGAGAUCAAAAGCCUCUCUUGCAGCUUCUCCUUCUGAGCGCUGGGUUUCAUGUAACGAUCCAAAGGUCACGAGUGCAGUGUAUUAUGGGAACUCAAUUCAAGGUACUUGGCAUAGAAGUGGAUUUCCUGCGUAUUAAAGGGGAUGAUUGGUGAAGCAAUAGAUAAUGACUUGCUGCCAUAAACGAUGAAUCUCCUAAAGGUGUUAUGAGGAAUGCGAGAUGAACAUGGAUUCAAAGGGUAAACACUGUUACUGUUUUUAUUAUUAAUGUCAAGAAUUUUAUUGCUAGGUUACUUAUAGGAUUUCCAAGCAAUAGUUUAGGACUGCCAGCCCAGGAGGGCUAUCAAGGUGGGGGUCCUGGUUUUAAUUACCUACCCGUUGAAAUGCCAGGUCAGAUGCUUCAGAAGAUCAUCUGACUGCUUGUAUUUUUGGUAGCGGGUUCUGUAGUUUUAUGUCUUGCUCACCUUGAGAGGGACAUAAGCACAUGUCAGAAAUUUUCUAAAAGAGUACUAGACACUGGUUUCUGUAAAAGGAAAGAGGCAUAUUUUGCACAGAUAUUGUUACUGAAGUCAUAAUUUGCCACUCUAAAAAAUACACUGGACCUGGCCAGAUAUUUUUCUUUUUUCUUUUUCCUUCUUUUUACUGUUGAGCUUGUCUGAUAUCAAAUCAUUGUGGAUUUAUUCCACCUCUUACCUGAGGAGGAGGAGGAGAGAGAGAGAGAGAUAGAACUGUUCAAAUAUGGGCUAUCUUUAAGGCAGACUCACUUACAGAUCUGUUAUUGUGAAAGUUUAACCAUUCAUUGUUUUAAUAUCCCUGCUAGGUUUUGUAUGAUGCUACAUUAAUAUACAGACAGAUUCCAACACAUGAGAAAUGUCCACCAUUACCACAUUUGUCUGUCUUGAAACUGUGGAUUCCUACCAGUGCUGGCUGUUUUAUUUACAUGCUGAUUGCUUCUGGUCCAUUUGGUAUGGUUUUUCCUCUUCCUUGCAUACAUUCUACUAUGAACAUAAUAAGAUAUUACCAGAUAGGUGAAUGUGUAUGUCUAUGGUACAACCAACAGCAAAUAUUGCUAGGAAGUGCGCUAGAAGCCAUAAAGCAAAGAAGAAAUCUAAACCAUAGCAGAAAAAAGUGGUUCACAGAAUGAAAACUAGUCACACUUCUGCACUUAAUUAUUUAUGAUUCAUUUUCUUUGGACAAAUAGUAUCAAGUAAAGGUUUCCAACUGGCAAUCUCUAUUCAGCAUGGCACAUUACUUUCUGUCCUUCUUAUAUGGAACAAGUGAAAACCAUUGACAGCCAUUGCACUGUUCCUGUUCAUCUGAUGAGCCCAGCCAAAAGCAGGUGCUCUGUAAAAUACUAUGUAAAAAGCAUCCUGGUGGGUCCCUGGCAGGAAGCAGGUGUGAAGUCAAGGAACAGUGUGGCUAUAGGGUAAGGCAAAGAGGGAGGUUAGUUUUUACAUGCACGUUGUCCUUUUUUCUUCAGGAAUAGAAUUGUAAUCGCACCUGUUUAGCUGUGCAGCCUGUUGUCAGAACAUCAUUCAACACUAUAUUACAAUCCCAUUGAACUAGCAAUCCCCAUUGUCCAUUCUUAGGGUUGUUUUUGUUAAUUGUUAUAAUAAGAAGAACUAAAACAUCUAAAGAAAUUCUUUAAAUUGAACAUUAUUAGCAUGAUGCAAUGCACUUCAAUAAAAUUCACUCUUCAGCACACAGUUAUAACCUUAUAACAAGAUACCAUAGCCCCUAAACUGUAUGUUUCUUUGCUUACAGAAGGAACAAUAUUUGAAAAUAAAAUAUGUUGCACAGCAGGACCUAUUAUUACUUCUAUUUUGAAUACCGUAUUUAUACGGCUGCUCCAAUGGAGCCAGUUGGAUCUAUUUCUACGAAAUAGCCAUUAUCUUUCCCACAGCACAAAAACUGCAUGACUAUUUUUUUAGGAACUUUUCCUAUUGGCGUGCAUUAAAGACUGUAGUACCAUAGCUUUGCAUUGUGUGUGUAACCUGAAAUACCUUGUUUUGAAAUCUGUGCGUUUUGCAAGCAUAUACCGCAAGUUACUUGUUCCAAGUGUAAGCAAAGAGGUAUCUUCGAUAUACCGGCCUGCUCUUAGUUGUACCAUACAAGAUGUGAUAGAACACUUCUUGCGGCAACCAUUUAAGUGAGAUGUGCUUAUGAUCUGGAACCAAAUCACCUCGUAUAUCCUUGAUUUGGAAUAAUGUACCAACUAAGUAUAUAGUCUCACUUGAUUUGAAAAGAGAGAGCCUUUCAAACUCUUUGGCUUAAUUAAAGUCCAUGGAAAAAUCUCCAGGGCAAAAAUAUAAGCAUUUUUCUGUGCCAAAUUUAUGCUGAGGUCACUUCUCCUGGAUGAUCUCCCUAAGACAUAAAUCAACAAGAUCAUAUCAAUGCACAUCCCAAUUCAGUGAGUAUUCUCAGCUUUUAUUUUAAAUUUUCUUCCAAAUAAUCCUAGCUAACUGUUUAUGAACUUUUCAAAGAGAGCUUUAAAGAACCUUUUCUGUAGUAGAGAGCAUUUCAUUGCAGUUCUGUCUUGCUCUGACUUUGUUUAGGCUGUCAUCAAAUAUCUGAUCCAUGUUAGUUUCAACUUCAUUUGGCAUGUGGUUGGCUGUUCCUUGGCAAUGGGUAGAUGCCAAAAUGUUAUGACAUGAGGUACUAAGAUGCUAAAAAGAUUGCUUUUGCCCUGCCAAAGUAGAUUUCUCCACAUUUUUUAGAGCUAAUGCACUUUUUGUAGAUACAUAUACCUACACAGACAAUAUCUAACAUGGGGUAGGGACUUGCAUUAGUGUGAGACAAGGGUUUUCUGUUUUGCUUGGUUGCUUUGUGUUCGACUUUGUAUCCUGAGCUGGGUCACUGAAGUUGAUCCAUUUGCAUGCGUUGGAUUUGUGAUUUUUGUGCCUGUAAAACAGAAAAGUUGUGCUACUUUUAAGCAUGCAAACGCCAAACAAUGUUUUUUUAAAUGUUAAAUCAGAAUAGAUAGCAACUUUUGCUUAGGGACACCACAUUUAAUGUUGGUAUUAUAACCUUAAUGUAAAGCAACAGUAGCAAAAAUUUUAAUGCCUUUUCCUAGUAAGUUAAAGUGAAGAUCAAAUAUACUUAGAUACUUUUUUAAAAACUGUAACUUUCCGACUACUGUCAGGUAUUUCUUUUUACUGAUUUUCUUUCCUGAAGACACAAUCUUUUAAAAUUAAAUAUACAGACAUAUCAAGCAUGCUAUCAUGUUAGGCCUUGUCUAUCUUCAAAAUAACAGCAAUUUAAAUUGGUUUAGAGAAUGAUACAGUUCAGCCAAUCUGCAUGGACACUCUUAACUGGAUUUAAACCUGCCUUAUCUUGGUGAUGCUAUGUUUCCUCAGGAAUUGGCUUAAGGUAAAUCAAUGUAAAGCAAGUUGAACUCUAAUUGAGAGUGUCCACUAAGGCUGUUACACCAGCGUAACUGAACCAAUUUAAAAUCAUCCUUUUAGAUAAAGUGGUGCCAGUAUGAAUAUAGACAAGGCCUCAGCCACUUACUUCAGAAAGAAGAAAUUAUGCCUUUUAAUGCACAUAUUUAGAAAGCUGUAUGAACACAUUGGAUGUACUGUGAGGCACAAAGAUAAAGGAGGAGUGUCUCCAGCAUCCAGAGACUAUAAAUGAAACCUUAGUUCUAGUCAAUAGAACUUUGGGUCUACUGAAAUCAGUGACAAAGCUCCCACCAACUUCACUAGGGCGAAGAUUUCACCCUAUAGAUCUUUCCUGAAGCACAUCCUAACAGGUACUGUCAAUCCUAAGAAUAGGUUUUUAAAAAUAUGGAAAAGGAUAUCAAAUAUACAACUCUUCUACCCGUCUUCACCCAAACCAAAUUAGCAAAAAUAUGUUUAUGAAUGCAGCCAGGCACAAAUAAUGAGAUCACACAUCAGCGUAUGUAUAUCAAAGUAUAUGUGUGUAUGUACACAGAGAGAGAGAGAGAGAAAGUGCACCAAAGGAGCGUGCUUCACAAGUGUAUCCACAUCAACCCAAGAUAUGCUGACUCCCUGGAUGGACACGAAGAAGUUCUUAAGUCUCCAAGAUGAGAUCUCAACUGUGGCCAAAUUCAUGCCUUAAGGGGACAGACAAAGCAAGGCAACCAUGAAAGAAAAAUGUCUGUUUGUUUGUUUGAUUGCACACUAAGCGAUAUGACUGGUAGCAUUUGGCUGUAACAUCCAUCCUGAGUCACUUCCUUUUCCACUGAGUAGUGAAUGAAUGAAAUAAAUCAACAAGGCAGAUUUUACCAAUGAAUAUGACUUUUCUAUAGCCAACUGUGAAAAUGAGAUUCAUAUGAAGGAUGUGAACCUGCAUCAUCAGUUGCUGUUGUCACAGAAGCUUACUCAAAUGCUGAGUAUGUUACCAUUUGCCAAGAGUAGAAGUUAGCUGUCAAGGUUUCAAAUCAGCAAGCCUGUGAUAAGGCAAGCAGAUAAUGUAUAUUCCUAGACUCCCUUAUUAUUAGAUCCUAUGGAACAGUAUGCAGAUUUCACAGUACAAUGACCUGUAAGGUGUAUUGUAUCUUUGCUUCUUUUACACACACACACACACUUUUUUUUUUACUAUAGCUCCUUUUCCUAAGCAAAAUGACAACAUUUCCCCUAAAGCCAAGUUUUACCUAAUAUCUGAUAAAUAUUGCCUGUGGGUCAAAAAUAUAGGCCAUCAAAUAAAUCAGUCCAAUGGAAAUUGAAUGAAAUAUGGAACUUUGAAAACCUCAGUAUUAACACAAAGUAUUUAAAUUAAAAUGUAUUCAUAUGGUAAUAAGAGAAUGUAGCUGAAAAAUAUAUUAAAUUGAUAACAUCAGGCAAAAUAUAAACAUGGCAGGUCUUGAUGUUUCAGUACUUCAGCACUUUUCCAUAUUAUCCUUCACAUUUAAAGCAUAUUGCAGUCCUAAUAUCAUCCGUGAGGCAGAUACAAGAAAUAGACAGAUUCCUGUAAAAAGGCACUGUCACGGCUGGCAUGGCUGCUAUCCAGUCCACAUACAUUUAGAACAGGGGUGGGCAAAAUGUGGCCUAUGGGCCGGAUGCAGCCCACCAGGCCAUUUCUAUCCAGCCCACGGGGCCCCUAAAACAUUUAAAAAAUUAAUAUUUAUCAGCUCCUGGCUGCCUGUCAUGCAGCCCUUGAUAGCUUGCCAAAACUCAGUAAGCGACCCUCUACCUGAAAUAACUGCCUGGCCCUGAUUAGGAAGAUGGUCAAACCACUUUAUUAUUCAAUAGAGUAUUACAAGAGAGAUGACCCCAAUCAAACUGGAUUGUGACUUUCCUUUUAAUUGGCCAUAUGAUUAUGGAGAAGAAAAAUGUUCUCAGAGUUUUAUGUGUUUCAGUUUCAGGAUUUAGAUAAGCUUUGCUAGAAGCUGAGGAAAAGGGCAGCAGGCUUUGUCCACUGGACAAGCAGGGGCAGAUCCAGGAUUUGGCAAAAGGGAGUAGGGAAGCAGCCACCCAUACAGCAGUGGUGGCUGUAUACCUGCUCCAAGCUUCUUCCCCACCCUCUACAUGCACCAGUGGGGCCAGACCACACUGUGGGAGCCUCUGGGGACUUCUUUAAAGUUCACAAAGCACAUAAGAAUCCCUUCCCUUUUCCCUCCUUGCUCAGAGGCAUGUCCCAUCUUCAGAGCCACUCCUGCUUGCUCCAGACAGGCUGUGUGGGGCAUGGACUCAGCUGAGAACAGUGAUGGGGCAUUAACAAUAGGCAGGGGCAUUCCCCCUCCCUAUGCCUGCUCCCAGGAGACUGGGCAGGGUCAGGGAAACCUCCACUGCACCCAUUGCCACUGCUGCCAGGGACAGAUUAACCGUUUAGAGGGCCCGAGGCAAACAAACUCAUGGCCCCCUACCUGUUUCACUCAAUAAUUAUAAUACGUAAAAUAAGUACAACUGGGCCAUUUCUUCACCCUGAUUGCUGCUACUGUUGCUGUUUCCACCUGAACCCAGCCCUCACACCACCUGAAAGGUGCAGCUACACCACUGCACCUCCACUGGAUCCACCCCUGUGGACAAGAUGCAGGCUGGUGUAAUUGUAAUACCUAUUGACCUAAUUCCACCCACAGAGCUUCUGGGGCAGACAGUGCACUGGGGAAUCAUGUUGCAGUACCCAGGAGCCCACAAGGAGGCAGGGAAACCUAGAUGAUGUGUGGGAUUGGCCAAGGAUGGGGCAUGACCUAGGACAAUGCUGAUUUACCAUAACCCCCAAGCAACCACUACCAGAAGAACUCCCGAUGGUGCUAUUACCAGCUGUCUCUGCCCUGUCAGCCCAAGGGAAGGAUGUUGCAGUAGCACUGCUUGCCCUCCCAGAGAGCCAGGCUGAAACAAGGUGGUGUCAUUUACACUUCUCUCUGUGCUGGCUCUAGCUCCCUUCAAAAUCAGCGGGAAGAGUUCCAUGCACAGCUCCCCAAAGUACUUUAAGCUUUGUUUCAGCUGCAUGUGCUUAGGUGUCAUGAAAGUCAGUGGAGGUUAACCAUGGGCUAAAGGAUAUGUACAUAUUCAGGUGUUUUGCUGUAAAACAUCCUAAAUUAGAUUCAGUAAAUCUAGUUCAGCUGUUUUUAAAGCAUUUCAGUCAGUGCAAUGGAUGAACACUAAUAGUGCAGUUCCUGUAAGCAGAUGCAGUAAAAUGUUCCUGUUCCAAGCAGUUCUGGGGAAAAAAAGUCCUACAAUGAUGAAUAAGUAGAUGACUCCAGGCAGGAGAGUCCUUACUGAAUGUGCCUUUGAUUGAAAAUAGUGAAGUAACUUUCCAAGGCUUUGUAGGGGUUUUAUAGAUUUUCACUACAAGUCAGCUACUGAGCAAGAUUUUUACUUUUUGUAGGAUUCUGUAGGAAAAUAGAUUUUCCCUAUGUAGUUUCUGCCAUUUUUUUGGCUCAUCACUUUUAUGUAUUUCAGUAUAUAAAUGAGGCAGCACAUUAAAAUGAGUAGUAGCUCUUUUUAGCAAACUGGGCCUGAUCUAAAGCCCAUGAAGAAAGAUUUGCUGUUGACUUCUAUUGGCUUUAGAUCAAGGUCACAGGAACUCAUAUUAUUCCCUUCUACAGAUUUUUCCCAUAGUUCAGCUGAUUUGGCUAGUAACAUAAAGUUUCCAUGUUGCUAUUCCCUUGAUUUCGAGUAGCUUGUGCAUGCAUGAAAAGGCAUGAAAUAAAUCUUUUUUGCCUUGCUUGGGGACAAACAAGUUUGAUUUUUUUUUUAAGUAUAGGGAGUCCCAUUUGCUUCUGUAAGACCAAAAGAUUUAACCCCCCCCCCCCAAACAAAAUAAAAUGUAGGUCUGUGACCCUUGAGCUACUACAGCAAAAGUUCUCUCCCCCCCCCCCCCAUUCCCCCUGUGCAUGGCUGUAUCUGUAGGCAUAGAAACAAUUAUAUAAAAUCUGAAGAGCAAACCCUGACUUCAGUGAAGUCAGUGGGAGCUUUGCCAUUGACUUUCAUUUGAGCCAGGAUUAAAAAUGGAACUUUGAAAGGAGUCUUAUAAGAACAAACUGCUAUAAGGUGAGAGUUCACUCAAAUUCUGACCCUAGGAGUUACCCACAGGUAGUAGUAGGCCCAUUUAAAAAAUAGGCUGGAUUACUCUUAGAAUGACUAUUUAGUGAGUGUAGGUUUAUAUGACUAGCCUUUGUAUGGGUCUCAUCCCUUGUCUUGUAUAGAACAUUUUCUUUUGUGGAAAGGCUAGUUUUUCUUAGUGUAAUAUGAAAUACAGCCUGUGAUUGACUUAUGAAAAUCUUUAUUGGGACAUGGACUCCAAACAAGUCCCAAGGCAGCAAACUGAGAUCUGUAAUCCAGGAGGGUUUCAUCUCUUGUGUAAGAGCACCAGAGAUUAAUCUAGCUCCCUGUUGUAAUAUAUUUAGCAUGUAAUAACAGUAACAAGAACUAAAACAUGGAGGGAGGAAGAGUGGGGAAUACAUUCCACAGCAGGGCACUUAUUCAAUGUCUGAAAGGUGAUGGGAAGAAUUCCCCUGAAUUUCCCUACAAGUGUAUAUCUAUGUGGAAUCUGUUGCCAAAGAAGUUGCUCCUGUGAACACUGGGCUCCUAUACAUGUGCAGGGAGCCUGCUCUGAUGCGCUGUAGUUCCUGCGCAUCAGAGCAAACUCGAUUAACCAAGUCUGCUGGAGCCUAGAAAUUAAUGCACUCCGGCAGUCUCCAGUGUCACAUGCAUCGGCAUCCCCGCACUGAAAAAUGACAGCAGGCCACUUUAAACUAAAGCCGGUUUGAUGACCUUUAGCUCAAAGCACCCCACCACCAUUUUUCAGUGUGAGAACACUGAUACAUAUGACACUGUAAGUGCUUUUAAUUAAAGUGCCCCCCCCACACCUCCCAGAGCAUGUGUAUAAAUGCCCCUUGUUUUCUGCUUGUAGAUGGGUGUAUUAUUGGUUUCUCUGUGUUAUAAAUAUGCAAAAUUUGACUACCAUAAUCCAUAUGUUAAGCAUAGAGACUUCCUUUGGUUUUGAAUGUUUGUAAAUGCAUUGGACUAACAGAAAUGGGAUGCAGUUUUGGACUCUGUAAACUGAUGGGAGAAAAUGUGGAGUGGGUCUUCUGCUUAAGAUACCUGCUUCAAGAGUCAUAGCAUGAGAUUGUAACUCAAGGCCUACCUGUAGAAUGCACAUAUCCUUUGAUAUAUCAGAUCAGUACACAGGACAUUGGCAUACUCUCACAAUAUGUUUUCCCAAAGAGAAAUCACUGUCUUUUCAAAGUGAAAUUUGCACAUACGCAGAUAUUUUAUAUCUGAUCCUCUUCAAGGGAAUCCCUUAUUCAUUUAUAAAUACUCCAUGCAUUCUAUUUACUGUAAGUGAGUAAAGUAGCCAAGAUCCUGUUUUGUUUUGUUUUAUAGAUAAAAACAAUGACUGCCCAAGGAAUAUUACUGACCCAGUUGCGUGAUUAUAGUUUUGAUGUGGGUAAUUGAUCUCCAUGAAGCCUGGUCAUCCCAUAUUAAACUAUAUUCACUAAGGGAUUCAGUCAUGAUUAGAAGUUCUUUGACAGAUUUUUGGCCUUAUUUUUUUAAAAGUAUAAACAUAGAUUUAUAUUCCAGUAUUUACAUAUAUACUUUAAUCUAGUAUGCCGUCUGUCAUUAAAACAAAGUCCUGUGGUAGCUGGCUGCCAUGUGAGUAGGAAAAGAAACCUAUUAUGGCUGUUGACUAGACGGUAACUGAUGUCAGUAUUUAAGAUAGUUACACAUAUAUUUGUAAGUACAAAAGAUGGUUACUAGUUUUUAUUUGUUUCCAUGUUUGUAUUAGCAAGCAGAUGUUAAUGUUGCAUGCCAAUCAUAUAUCUACAAUAUCAAACGUUUAAAACAGCUUAUCUUUGUAAAUUCAAUAGUAUUUCUAAUUCUAAUGAUUAUUAUUUCAAAUUUUAGUUUUCUUUUCCGAAUGUAAAGUAGUUAAAAAGAGAGAGAGAGAGAUCAAGGAGAUCAGGAAAUAGUGCACUGAAAUAUUUAUACAUUUAUUUAUUUAUUUAUCUUACAUUAAGAACUACACCCCAGGGUCAGGAAAGCAGUGACCUGUCUGGGGAGAGGACUUAAAACCCAUUCACAUCCAUGGAAUUUAAGCCCAGGCUUAACAUUAAAUAUAGCUACAUGUGCUUUCCUGAAUCAGGACCUAAAGUUAGAGCCACUUUAACAUAUUAAUACCAUCCAUAUGAAUUUCCCUGAAAAGCAGUCAGACAUUUAAUUUUCAGUGAUUUUCAUCAGUUUGCUAGGCCACUUCCUGUAACUUACAUUUUUGGGGUAGCUGUGAGUAAGGAAGAAACCUCUGUACAAGGCCAUUAUACUGAUUAGGGGAGCAGCAAUGUGAAAAUGUGUGAGCAUUCACCAGUCUCUCUCAGUCAACAGUGUCCACUGCUUAUUACAAACAGAGCCUAAGGACAGAAAUUACACAUAAACAGGUAUAAGAGAUUGGAAACUGGUUCAGAUCUGUAACGCAACAGAAGUUCAGUGCACAUAAACCACUUUCAAAAUGACUGAAACUAGUUUAAGAUAAACCUGGAUGGAUGUAAUAUCAGACUUAACUGAUUUAUGUUAAAUCACUUUAUUGAACUUCCAUUCCAGAUCGCCUCCAAAUUCAAGUUAACUCACAGUCCCACAGCAUCCAGGAUGCUUUGUACCUCCCCCGCAACUCCCCCAUCCCCAUCCUUGCAGGGUAGGCAGGCUAGCCUUGGCCAAAGCUGUCUGCUCCAGUGAAACAGCAAGGUAUGCUCUAACUCCACCCCCCCUCCAGCUGCCAGCUUCUGGCCUGGGCCACUGCAGGCAUGUGGCUGCAUUUCUGGAAUCAAAAGUGAAUGUCUGUUCACUUGCUUAUUGGUUCAGUCUGUGCAAUUUAAACUAAGCUGCAAAGACUGAAUUGUUUCAGCCUCAGGCAUUUUGACUCUGUACAGUCAAAGAAAACAUUGGGCAAAGGACCUGUGAUUUUCAUGUGUUAGGAAAUUAGAAAAAGGAAAAUAAAAAGCAGCAUGGAUGCACAAUGCUCAAUAAUCAUUGAUGGUUGCAGAGCCAUUGAGCUGCUUAGUAAAUAUGCACACAGAUGGACUCAAUUCUAAUCACCAGAAGAAAAAAAGCCUGUAUGUAUAGAGAGCAGCUUCAGAUUUUCAUGCUAAUGAAUGGCUGAAUCUAUUAAGCAAUGGAAAAUACAUAUAGUAAUCCUUCUGGUGUUUGGGUUGUGAUGCUAAUAUAUGGCUGAUCCUAUUAAGCAAAAUUCUAAUAACCAGUGGACACUAUAUUUCAUUUUAGAGUGAAUAUAAUUGUUUUAACUGAACAUUCACAUGCCCUAAGAUCCCAACCGCCAGAUACUUAAGAGAAUCUUCUUUUCCCAGGUUCACCCUAGUUCCUUCUAAAAACUCCUAAAAAAUAAAAAGAAUUCUAGUUGAUGCUGGCAAAAUUGGACAACCAGUAUAUCUGAAAACAGGUGUAACCUGUAGUGAACUUUUGGGAGCUACUGGCAUGCGUUGUUGGAGCUCUGCUGAUGGAGUAAUGAUCAUUUAAAGCAGGUGAAGACAUUCCCCUUGAAAUCCUGCACUAAAGUACUCCCACUGCUCACCCUUGUUUCCAUCAACUCGGGUUGUUUUUCUCAGGUCAGAGAGGAAGUCUCCACUGCAGUAUAUCACAGGUUGUUGCUCUCUGUAUGAAUUGCAAUAGGGCUCCAAGUAAAGCAGCCAAAGACAAACACAGGAGUCAUCUUACAAAAAGAAUUUUGGGGAAAAAUAGUUAGAAUUCUGUACUGGAGCAAACGCUUAGACACUUUGGUGUUUUCAUGUUUAGGGAGGAAUUAAAUCCGGCAAAUCAAAAGGAUAAUGGCUGAUUGUGAAGCUGGCUUGCAUAAGGUGAACUUGCACUUGUUGCAGUGCUCAUGAUUCAGCUGAACCCCUUAACAGGUUCUCAAAGAAAACAUUUCUUUCUAGUAGCUCUCACUAGUGAGUCUACAUCUUCAAGUGCAACACACGUUUCUGUGUAUCAAAACUGGCUUAUGCAAUCUGGACAUUCUUAGGUAAAACAAGAACUCAAACAGAAAUAUUGGAUUUGUUUAGAUCUUACAGGAAGCCAAGAAAAAGCUUUUGGAUAGAUUAGUUGUUAGAGAUUUCUAAUUUAAACAUGCAUGGCACAUUUAGAGGGCACAACAGAUUACUACAUAUUUAUAGGUCACAAACAGUGAGCAAAUGUAGAUAAAAAUAAAAAUGCAUUAUGAAACACUGAUUCUUGUGUAAUUAGAAUGCCUGCAAGUUUUUCAGGGAUUUCAUUUAGGUUGUGAUUUGUCUGCAAACAAGUCUUUGAUCUUUUUUUUUUUCAGUUCACUUACCAGCUCUGGUUUUCUUUUCCCAUUAAGAAGUACUGUAUUUUCUUAUCAGGGAAAGAUGAGUCAAAAAUCAUGCAACUGUCAGACUUGGUUCUUACCUUAGCUGCAUAAGUGGCUAAAAUCUUGAACGCACAUUUGUUAACGUACUCCUGUCUACACAAGAAAGGACUUGAAUCCUUGCUAUUUAAUAGUGUUAAGGUAAAACUGUAUUUAACUUCCCAUGAGAGUAACUUCAUUGAGUCCAAUGCCUAUUUCUGGGAACAAGGAAAGCACCCUUAGGCUCUUGCUCUAGCCUGUGUCUGUAAUAACUAAUCCCCAUGUUGAAUGUACGAGACAGGAAAAUAACUAGAAAAGACACAUUUCUGUCUCUGGCAAUAUUGUGUGCAGCCUGGAAUUCAACAGUAAAAUGGUGAAACAAUAAAAGCAAUUAGAGAGUAUCCACAAAGAUUCAAAAGAGUAUGUACACACAGAAAGAAAAUACUGGGGUACAUUGUUACAUGCCCCAAAUUAAGUCUUGGAUAAGAGUCCUGUCAGGUGAUUGCAGAAUACUAACACUAAGUGAGGGACUUCAUCCUGUAAAGAGUGUGAUGUAGGCUUUGGACUGGCCCUCUGCAGAGUGAAUUUCAGUAAAACUGAACAGCAGUGCUUUCUGGGUUAGAUUUUCAUUAGAGCUCCAUGCCCAAUAACUGCAUCAUGUUGUAAGCGACUUGCUGAACUCCCCAACAGCAUCCAUUGAGAGAAGAUGCUCUUGAGAGGUGGGUGUCACUGAAAACCUGCCCCUGGACUUUUCUGCCAUUGCCCUGGCUUGACAGCACAUGCUUCUGUGGCAGGAAUGAGUUCUCAAUGACAGUGCUGUCAGAGAGAAGGACUAAUGCAAUGUAUUUCCUGGAGCUCUUACGGAAAAAAUGUUUUUUCUUUCGCUAACACUGUUGGAGUCUUUAGACCACUGAAUGCAAUCCCUGGUACAGCUUGUUCUGAAAUAAGCAGUGAUGAUAAUGUUGUAUAGAUUUCUUUAAAUUGUGUAUAUACUCAUUUUCUACUUUAUGGUGCAGCCACAGCUUCAAAGCUGCCAAAAGCAGAGCAAUAAAAGAUUGAUCAGAUCAUCCUUCAUCAAUUCAGUAUCAAAUAGUGUGAUCUGGGUACUUGUUUUCACUGAGUUUGAAGACUCUAUGAUGCUUCUAACCAUAAUGGAGAAAAUGUAGAUGAAACUGUGUGUCAAGGCACACAACAUUUUAGUUCAAUUAUACCAGCUGGGAUUCACCAGCAAGAAAUAAAAUUAAAUGGUUUGUAGAAAUAAAAUUUUAUUCAAAACAGCUUCCUAUUAAUGCAGUUUCAAAAUGUAAAAAUGGUAGAGCCACAGACAAAACAUUUGUUACCUUUUCAAAUAAGUUACAAUAAUUUUGUCAUACUUGUACAAGUAUUAUUAAGUCUGUCUUUCUGUACAUUUGUUUUGCAAUUUGUUGUAGAGUACUGUUUGUAUGCAUAGCUGUUCCACUUGCCUGUGUAAGUUAGAAAUUUAACAGAAAUGAAAGCAUGCAUUUCUCUGUUUGCUGGUAACCUAUGAAAUUAGAAACUUGUAUUUCUGUGUUUUUAAAGUGUUAUAACUAUAAACAAAAUUCACAGCACUAUUGUCUAAGGAAUAUCAGAAUUUUUUAUUAGAUUGAAUUACUUUAAAUGUUUUGUCAUUUGAUUUGAUAAUGUGUAAGACAUCUACACUAAGACAAUACAGUGUUUAUCAAUAAAGUAUCCUCUCUUGGUACUAACUUACCACUUUAGGGCACUUUGAGACAAACAAUAUCAA